CAAUGUGUCAUCUGAUUCUAAAGUGGCAACAGCUGCAACUAUUUAUGGUAUGAUUCUCCAUAGCAGAAACGUGAGAGCUUGUGCCAUUCAGAGGUUGUAUACUGCUCUUGCCAUUCGUUUCCAUGCAGAUAACCAGAUGGAAAGCUUUCAUCCUUACACUGUUGGAGAGGUUGCACAAAGUUCAUAUCACCUUGUCACAUGAGACGAAGAGGAAUUUGAUGAAAGACUUCUCUGACUUUUCUGACUUCCAAAUCAUGGAAAAAGUGAGUCUAGGAAAGGAUGGAAAAAUUAAUGGGGAUAAUUUGGAUGUAUAUUUAAGGACAAAUGAUAUCAGAAUGGACAACAAAAAUAGAGAUUGUCAUUUCUUUGCUUUGGACUUCAUCUUUGACAGAAUCAGUACUGAAAAUUUAGAUGACACUUCCAGUAUUGGAGACAUUAAUAGUGUUAAUUGGAAAAACUUUGUUCCUUCGACUACUGAAGAUACUUUGUACAAAGACUCGUUAAAAGUUUUGCUGGGCAGGAUCAUGUUGAAGUACUUUCCAAAAUUUGAUUGGUUGAAAUCGGUUCUCCCCGACCACAUUCCGCAUCCAUUGGCAGACACAAUGUCAGAAAAGUCUGAGGUAUAUUGGCUGCCUGUAUUAAUGAAGAAUGAAGCCAGCUACUCAGACUGUGUCCACAUCAUGAAGGCAUAUGAAGCACAGAUAUUACAGUGGUACACUAAAAGUGGACGAGCAUGUGACCUAGAGAGGCUUAAGGUUCCAGUUGGCGGAGACCAGUUGACCCGUGUGAGGUUGCAAGGUGCAAAGGCUAUUCAAGAUGGAGCUCUUACACCAACAGAUCGGCUAGAACAUUUGGAACCGAUCAUAGUUGAAAUGUUUCAUACACUGCAAGAUCUUUUAGAGAAACUAUACAAGCGCUUCUACAAAUUAAGUGGUAGAGACAAAGGCACUCUGUACAGUUUGAAGUUAGUCAUUGAGCGAAGCAAUGUCAAUGGGAAAGUCAAAGGUCGCUUUGAGGCACACGAAGAUUUUGUUCUAACAGUUGGGUGUGCAUACUUCCUUUCCUAUGUGAUGAACAAGUUCAACAUGGAAACCAUGGAUGAUGAACCAGAACACCCUCUCUGUAAGGACAAUAUGAAGAUGAUGCACAACAAGCACAAGGACAGAAUAUUUCAGACAAUUAUGGGGGAAGUGAUGGAGGAUCUAGUAUACAUUUUUCCCAAAGAGGAGCCCUUGGUAAAACUGAACAUUAAAGUGAAUGGUUCUAAUUUUGUGGUAAACGGUACAAUUGAUGGAAGCAAGCUACAGUUCGAGUUGUACAUUGGAAGUGCUCGUUUUAUUAUUAAUGUUGGAGUGAUGGAGGCAAAGCGAGGCACAUGUGUGAUGAUUCCAACUACCACAGGAAAUUAUCUUAUAGAAAUUUCUUUAGUUACACAGGAAGAUGAUCUUUACAAUUAUGUUCAUCAGUUUCUUCAGUGGUACUUCUUAAUCAUAAGUAUGAAAGAUGCCAUCAAGGAAGGAGACAUUUACCGAAAUAAUGUGCAUAUGAAAUUUUGCAUUCCUGUCUUUUUUGGACACUCUUGUCUAUCCAAGUACAUGGAAGAGUGCAUUGACUACAUUUUAAAGACUGAAAUUUUGCUUUCAGAAAAAAUGGCCAUGAAAGUAAGAGCGGGUUCCUUUGUUAACCUUAAAGGAAAAAGGGGGUCAAACAAAGCCACAGAUCUUCAAAAGGAAAAUGAAGUGCUAGUUUUAAAAGAUCUAAUUAGAGGUCUGGGUUCAAAUAAAACUGAAAGGGCAAUUGUGACUGUCUCUAAAGCAGCCCCUGUUAUUCAAAGCAUUGUGGACAAUGUCGAUAGAAUGUUGUGUGUUAAAGCGAAGAAGACACGCCAUCAGAAAAAGUCAUUUGAGGGUGACGUCAAGGAGCUCUUAACUGAAAUAAUGCCCCUAAAGUGGUGGAUUCAAAAUCCAAAUCGUAAACUUACACAUUUUCCAAACAUUAAAUGUUCCCCAUUAGACAUUGAAAGGCCACUCUUUACUUCCAAAGUUAUGUCAACAGUGGGGAGGUUACAACGAGGAAUUACUAUUCCAGAAGACUUGAAUGAAAGCAGUGAUGAAGAUGUAAUAUAAUUUCAAAAAAUUUAAUUAUUAUACAUAUGUAUUAUUAUAACUGUCAUAUAGACUGUUUACUAAGUCAUCAGUUUCAGAGAGGGGUGAUAUGGAUUCAGAAAACCAGUGUUGUUAUCCAGAAAGUCGGAUGAUGCAGUCACGUGAGUGUACAAAUUUAACUGUAACCGUUUCAGAGAGGGGUGUCAUGGAUUCAGAAAACCAAAGUGUUGUGAUUCGAAAAGUAUCAUGCAGUUGCGAUUGCACAAAAACAUUAAACGUUUCAGAGAGGGAUGACAUGGAUUCAGAAAAACACAGUGUUGGAAUGCAUCAUGCAGUCACAUGAUUGCAUGAAAACAACAGAAAGUGAUUGAUAAACAGUUGGUUAUAAAGUACAUUCAUAUACAUUUAUAAUAUGUAAGACAAAGACACUUAUCAAGUUGCAACAUGUUAUGUUUAUGACAUAGUUAACUUUACAAUAAGACAAAGUGUGGUCAUGGGUUAUAAAACAAAGAUGUCAGUAGAAGCUACAGUCGUUCAUAGGAAUUUCAUAUAUGAAAGAGAGAUUUAUAUUACAGUAUUUUUGUGAUAUCAUAAUAUGAUACUCAUGUACAUAGAAGCUUUUCAUACAAUAUAUGAAAUACAUAGUUACCUUUUACCAUGUUUACAGUAAGACAAAGCAUAGUGUAGGUCAUGGGUUAUAAAUUCAGUAGUUAUAUAGUGGUUUGAUAAUUCAGUGCUGUUUCAUAGGAAUUUCAUGUAUGAAAGAUAUAUUACAGUAUUCUUGUGAUAAUAUGAUAUUCAUGUACAUAAAAGCUUUUCAUACAGUUAUUAUGAAAUACAUGUACCAGUACUUGGUACCCCCAAUUAAAAGGGUAACAUUUAAGUCGGGUAUAUGAGAUGGCAUCAAUUCGUACUUGAUUUUUUUCUUCUUCAAACAAAUAAUAUUUGACUCUUU